AUGUCUACCCCUACUGAGAUGGUCGCUGAGCCUAAGCUCGAGAAGAAGCCCGUCAAGUUCAGCAAUCUGCUGCUCGGCGCUGGCUUGAACAUGUUCGAGGUCACCACAUUGGGACAGCCGCUGGAAGUGAUCAAGACGACCAUGGCCGCCAAUCGGGGCGACAGCUUCGCCGGUGCUAUGAGUCGGAUUUGGGGCCGUGGCGGGAUCCUCGGUUACUAUCAGGGACUCAUUCCGUGGGCCUGGAUUGAGGCCUCCACCAAGGGCGCGGUCCUCCUCUUCGUCGCCUCCGAGGCCGAAUACUACGCUAAGAGCUUCGGUGCCAAUGACUUUGUCGGUGGUAUCUCCGGUGGUAUGGCUGGUGGUGUCGCCCAGGCCUAUGCCACCAUGGGCUUCUGUACCUGCAUGAAGACGGUGGAGAUCACCAAGCACAAGCUGGCUGCCGCCGGCGUCAAGCCUCCCAGCACCUUCGCGACCUUCAUGGACAUCUACCGUAAGGAGGGUAUCCGUGGUAUCAACCGCGGUGUCAACGCCGUGGCUAUUCGCCAGACCACCAACUGGGGUUCCCGCUUCGGUCUCUCGCGUCUGGCCGAGUCCGCUAUCCGCAAGACCACCGGCAAGGAGGACAGCCAGAAGCUCUCCCCCUGGGAGAAGGUUCUCGCGUCCGGUCUUGGUGGUGGUCUUUCCGCCUGGAACCAGCCAAUUGAGGUCAUUCGUGUCGAGAUGCAGAGCAAGACCGAAGACCCCAACCGGCCCAAGAACCUGACGGUCGGCAAAACCUUCAACUACAUCUACCAGAACAACGGUAUCAAGGGUCUCUACCGGGGUGUGGCUCCCCGUAUAGGUCUUGGUAUCUGGCAGACCGUCUGCAUGGUGGCUCUUGGUGACAUGGCCAAAGAAGCAGUCGAAAAACUGACUGGCGAGACCGUCACCGCGAAGCACUAGAAGGUUUGAGAUACCCUUCUGCUAUGCAGCGGUCGAGGAGGGAAAGGGUUGUCCUCGUUCGUACACUCAUAAUUUCGUCUACCCGAUACCCAAGUGAAUACACUCGCAAUUGCUUACUCAACGCGCCC